ACGUGAUCCAUUUCAGCAGCUGCGGACUGGUUACAACAUUGUCCUAUGUAAUGCAGCUAUGGACCAUGUCAUUGUCAAUCAAGAAUGUUUUGGUUAAGAAAUGUAACGGCAAAUGAUCGUUUUUUAUCGUUUGCUCAUUAAUUUGUUGUUUUUGCAAGCGCUAGUUUUUUUUGCAGACACGUGUUUAUCGUUUUUUUUUUGGCACAAAUUUGACAUUGAUUUUAGUUUGUUUCUGGAAGCGUUGUGCGUCGGUUGCAUCGUUGUGCGUGGUGAUAAAUUGCAAACAAAAGAUUGUGUAAACAAAAGUAAAAGAUUUGAAGCCAACACUUUUAAUCUACGCAAUUCUAACUGAUAUCUUCGCAAUUCGACAAUAUUUAAAAUGGAGGGCAGAAAUCUUAAACAUCUAAAUACUUGCAACAGACUUUCUAAUUAUAGUGCCAAAGAAACGCCAUGCUGUUCUUGCAUAGAACUCAAAGAAAUGAUGGCUGGGAUGAUGACUGAACAAAAAAAAUUACAGGAACAGCUCUCAAAAUUACAAACAACAACAGAACAGCAAAACAAAAUAAUAGUGGAAAUGUUAGCAGAGCACAAAUUACAGCUGCAAACCCUCAAUAAGUCCCAGAAAAAUGUUACUUCCCUGUCAAGCAAAUUUCCCCUCAAAUCCGAAGAAGAUCUCCAAAAAGUUGAGAGUGAAAUAUGCGAUUCGAAUGAAGAAAAAUAUAUAUCUGCUGUAAAGUAUUUAAUCGAUGGCAGCGCAAUAAAAAAUUUGGAACGCAUUUUUUCCCGGGAGAUUUGCGUAAUGUACAAUACGGAUGGUAUUUGUGGGAAAAAAUGUUUGAAGAAUUUUAAAAGAAUAUAUAAAAUUGUUAUUGCUGCAAUAAGUGACUAUUCCCCCAAUAGCGAAAAAGAAUUUCGAGCAGCACUCCAAGUCGUAAAAAAAAGGCACUUCCGAGUUGUUUGUUCCCAAAACAAAAACAAAAAUUAAUUAUAUAAUUUGUUAAUUACAUGUAAUUUUUAAUUUUUUUAAUGACAGUGAAUUGGAAUAUUACUUAAGUUUUUUUAAUGAAUUUAUUAUUAAUUAUAUUAUUUAUCUCACUAAAGACUAUCAAUGUACCUGCAGAAUGAAAUAUUUAUUUUUAUGUUUUAUAGAAUAAAACACUAAUACUUAUAGUACAUUA